AUGAACCCAAGCGAUAACAACUGGGAUCCGUUGAGACUCAUCGAUGACCCCUUCGGCUUUGAGACUCGAAAGAACAAAAGGUUUUGGUAUGCCUGCCGCAAUGGUAAACUCAAGAAGGCCAGAAGGCUUUUGAGGCAGGGGGCCGACGUGAAUGUGGAGAGACGUUGCUUCAUACUAAAACGUGGUCAUCGAGAUGAGGGGUCAGACUCAGAAAUGAUCAGUGAUGAUAGCGGCGCUGACUCGGAUGCUGAAACUUUGAGAAGGAACCCCGAAGGCUUUUGGGCAGCAUGCCGUGGUGGAAACAUGGAGAAAGCACAACGACAGAUGUGGUACUACAAAAUGAAACGCAAGCAUCCUGAACUUUGGCGAAACCACAUGCCAGAAGAUAGCGACUGGGACAGCGACGACGAGCAAGAGGACAGAGACAGUCAGAGGGAAAACGACGACCGAUAUGAAGACUUGGGAAAGGUCUCAGCGCUUUAUGUUGCCAUUAAGCGAGCUCAUUUCGACAUCGCUCUUCAUCUCCUCGAUCAACCUGGCAUUGAUAAUCUUGCCAAAAAAUACACCGAAGAGAAGGAGACUGUGUUGCACAGAGCUGUAGCGAAGGAAGCAGAAGACGUUUAUCAGAAACUUAUCGAGCACCGACACGACCGCAAACUUGGCGAAAGUAAGGACAAAGAAGGAGAUUCGGCAAUCCAAAUAGCAGUAAUAUUCGGCGAUGUCGUUGCUACCCGUGUAUUGCUAGCUUCCAGAUUUGGCAAUCCGCACUCUCUAGAGAGCCUUCUGUCUCUGGUGGCCUUCAACCACCGGUCUAGACCGCCGAAGAAUGUUGACGUCGCUCGGCUAUUACUCAUGAACGGGGCGAGGCUUGGUUUGGAGGACGGAGACGGAAAAACUACAGCCCUGCAAACUGCGUGCGAAAGAGAAGAUGUAGGUAUGGUGAAACUGCUCCUAGCCUGGAAGGCUCCACGUAUACCAAUUGGGCGUGAUGAUGCAUUGAGACUGGCGGGCGAUGAAUUGUGGCAGAAUAAGGACGAGACCAAGCCAGCGUGGAGCAACUCAAUUUCAAGGCAACACGAAAUUUCAGCCAACUUCAACAUUGAAAUAACAUUUUCAUGUGCCGUCGAUGUCAACGGGGAUGGCUCAUAUACCCGUAACUGGACUCGAUCCAUGCCAAUUAAGGACUUUAUGGGGUAA